CAUUUUUCAUAUACUUGUAAAGCUAUCAAACUCAAAAUCUUUCUGAGCCGGCACAUAUAGUUAAUAAAAAAAAUGCCUUCAAAGAAAAUUCAAUGGAAAUCAUUUGUACUUGGUUGUUUCAAGGACAAAAACCCUUCAUUGGAAACACCAAAAUUUGUUUCAAAAAAGACAGGUUCAUGUAGAAUUUCUCUAUCUGAUUUAAGUGAUUAUUCAUCACCUUCUGUCAUGAGUGAUUUAUCCAAUUCAUUAGUGGGAUCAAAUCUUCAUAUUUUCACUUGCAAGGAACUCAAAGAGAUCACAAACAACUUUGACAAAUCAAAUUUUCUUGGAGAAGGUGGAUUUGGAAAGGUGUAUAAAGGUUUUAUUGAUGAUAAACUUAGGCCUACACUUGUUCCUCAAGCUGUGGCUGUUAAGGCCUUAAACUUGGAUGGAAAACAAGGUCAUAGAGAGUGGUUGGCUGAAGUUAUCUUUUUGGGGCAAUUGAAGCAUCGCAAUCUUGUUAACUUAAUAGGCUACUGCUAUGAAGAUGAACAUAGACUUCUUGUGUAUGAAUACAUGGAAAGAGGAAGUCUUGAAGAAAAGCUUUUCAAAGGUUAUUUAGCAACUUUACCUUGGUUAACAAGAAUCAAAAUAGCAAUUGGUGCUGCUAAAGGACUAGCUUUUCUUCAUGAAGAGGAGAAACCAGUUAUAUAUAGAGAUGUUAAAGCCUCAAACAUUCUAUUGGAUGCUGAUUACAAUGCUAAGUUGUCAGAUUUUGGUUUAGCAAUAGAUGGACCAGAUAAAGAUCAAACACAUAUUACAACUCGUGUGAUGGGUACACAUGGAUAUGCUGCUCCUGAAUAUAUCAAUACAGGUCGUUUGACAACAAUGAGUGAUGUAUAUAGCUUUGGAGUUGUUCUCUUAGAGCUACUAACAGGAAAGAAAUCAGUGGACAAAAAAAGAACUCCAAGAGAGCAAGAUUUAGUAGAAUGGGCAAGGCCAUCAUUGAAGGAUUCACACAGACUUGAAAGAAUAAUUGAUUCAAGACUAGAAGAUCAAUACUCAAUUGAAGGUGCUAGAAAAUUAGCAAUGUUGACUUAUCAAUGUUUAAGUCAUCAUGAUAAAAGUAGACCAACAAUGAGAACAGUUGUUAAGACCUUAGAGCAUGUCAUGAAAUUAAAUGACAUUCCAAUUGGUCAUUUUGUUUAUGUAGCUCCUAUUGAGGUAACAAAUAUUGAAGUGUCACUAAAUGUGGAUAAAAAAGGAAAUGAAAAUGAACGUGAUGAGAAUGAGAUCAACAAAAGGGUUGUGAAAAGUAAAGAUGAAGAAAAGGGAGAGAAAAAUGAAAAGGGUCAUCAAAGUCAACGUAAAAGUCGUAGCGAUCGACGACGUGUUAAACCAUUGAUGAAGUCUCGUUCUGUUCACUCUGAUACUGCUUUGUACAAGACUCUUGGAACUAGUUUAUACUCACCCAAACAAAGCGAGGAUAAGCAACAAGAAGUGAACAUUUGCCAAUAUUAGAAAGAUUGAACCUAAAUUCUCUACCAUGAUGUAAUAUAAUCAUAGAUAAAGUUAGGGGAAGAAAAGAACAUAGGAAGAAAUUAAAAUAUAUUAAUUGUACAUCACAAUACAUAUAUAAGUCUUGGUUUUAUUUUUGUUGGUU